AUGCGGCUGCUCCUGUUCGUGCCCCUGCUGCUGGCCCCGGCGCCCGGGUCCUUGGCUCCCAAGGUGAGGCGACAGAGUGACACCUGGGGCCCCUGGGGCACCUGGAGCCCCUGCAGCCGGACCUGCGGAGUGGGCAUCAGCUUCCGGGAGCGCCCCUGCUUCUCCCAGAGGAGAGAUGGGGGCUCCAGCUGCGUGGGCCCCGCCCGGAGCCACCGCUCUUGCCACACAGAGAGCUGCCCUGCGGGCACCAGGGACUUCCGGGCUGAGCAGUGUUCCCAGUUUGACGGCCAGGACUUCCAGGGAAGGCGGUACAAGUGGCUGCCCUACUAUGGAGCCCCGAACAAGUGCGAACUGAACUGCAUUCCCAAGGGGGAGAACUUCUACUUCAAGCACAGGGAGGCUGUUGUGGACGGGACGCCCUGUGAGCCUGGCACCCGGGAUGUCUGUGUGGAUGGCAGCUGCCGGGUCGUCGGCUGUGACCACAACCUCGACUCCUCAAAGGAGGAGGACAAGUGUCUGCAGUGUGGGGGUGACGGCACGACCUGCUACCCCGUCACGGGCACCUUUGAUGCCAAUGACCUCAGCAGAGCGGUGAAGAGCGUGCGCGGCGAAUACUACCUCAACGGUCACUGGACCAUCGGGGGCGCCUGGGCCCUGCCCGCGGCCAGCACCGUCCUGCACUACGAGCGCGGGGCCGAGGGGGACCUGGCGCCUGAGCGGCUCCUCGCUCGUGGCCCCACCUCUGAGCCCCUGGUCAUCGAGCUCCUCAGCCAGGAGCCCAACCCUGGCGUGCACUACGAGUACCACCUGGCCCUGGGCAGCCCCCGGCCCGGCUUCCGCUGGAGCCACGGCUCGUGGAGUGACUGCAGUGCCGAAUGCGGUGGAGGUCACCAGGCCCGCCCGGUGUUCUGCACCACUGAUGACGAGGUAUACCCUGACCACAUGUGCCAGCAUCAGUUGCGGCCGGCUGACCGCCGCCCCUGCAGCACUCACCCCUGCCCGCAGACCAAGCGCUGGAAGACGGGGCCCUGGUCGCCCUGCUCGGCCUCCUGUGGCGGUGGCUCCCAGUCCCGCUCUGUCUACUGCGUCUCGUCUGAUGGGGCUGGCGUCCAGGAGGCCGCCGAGGAGGCGGAGUGUGCAGGCCUGCCUGGGAAGCCCCCCACCACGCGGGCUUGCCACCUGCAGCGCUGUGCAGCCUGGAGGGCAGAGCCUUGGGGAGAGUGCUCUGUCAGCUGCGGUGCUGGCGUCCGGAGGCGGAGCGUCACUUGCCAGAGUGAUGAGGGGUCUCUGCUCCAUGCUACAGCGUGCUCCUCGGAGGACCGCCCCCCUGUCACUGAACCCUGCGUGCGUGAAGACUGCCCCCCCAUCCAUGACCAGGCCUGGCAUGUGGGCGCCUGGGGCCUAUGUUCCAAGAGCUGCAGCGGGGGGACUCGGAGGCGCCAGGUCCUCUGUGCCCUCGGGCCGGCCAGCCACUGCGGGAGCCUGCAGCUGUCCAAGCCCGGGGAGGUUGAGCCCUGUAACUCACAGCCCUGCCAUCUUCCUCCAGAAGUCCCCAGCAUGCAGGACGUGCACGUCAGCUCCAGGGAUCCCCGGAUGUCUUUGGGCCCUCGGGCGGCCCCCACCUCAGGUUCCAGAGACCAGUGGUGGCUCCCCCAGGAGCAACCCUCAGUCCAGGGUAAUCCCAGAGGAGCCCAGGGCCUUCACCUGCCAGGCCUAGCCCCCCCUCUGCCACAGUCCCCACACUGGCAGCCCCUGCGGUCUGGCUUGGCACCCCAAGACUGCAGACAGAGCCCCUAUGGGUGCUGUCCUGAUGGCCACACCACAUCUCUUGGGCCGCAGUGGCAGGGCUGCCCUGGAACCUCAUGUCAGCAGAGCAGGUACGGGUGCUGCCCCGACGGGGUGUCUGUGGCUGAGGGGCCCCAGCACGCCGGCUGCGCAGGGUCUUACAGCAGUGACAACGCCAGGCGAAGACUGGGGUCAAGAGCAGUGGCUUCCUCGGCUCCCACGGCCCACCGGCCCCAGGCUCAGCAGAACGAGCCCCCUGAGUGCCGGGGCUCCCAGUUCGGCUGCUGCUAUGACGGGGUGGUCUCUGCGGCUGGCCCUCUUGGGGAAGGCUGCGGGGGCCAGCCCGGCUACGCCUACCCUGUGCGGUGCCUGCUGCCCAGCGCCCACGGCUCCUGCGCGGACUGGGCCGCCCGCUGGUACUUCGUCCCCUCUGUGGGCCAGUGUAACCGCUUCUGGUACGGCGGGUGCCACGGCAAUGGCAAUAACUUUGCCUCUGAGGAGGAGUGCAUAAGCAGCUGCCGGGGGGGGCCACACGCUGGGCCCCGCUGGCCCGAGCCGGGGGCCUCUGGCCCGAGCGCCCGCGCAGACGGUGGCGGCAGCGGUCCCGGAGGCCAGCAGGAGGCCAGCUGGCCCAGGACGGGGACCACAGUCCCGACGAAGCUCUUGCCUUCCGGUGGCCUUGGGUGGCGAGAAGACCAAGAGCCUGGGCCAAGGAAGGAGUCCCACACGCAGGCGUUUGGAGAACGGCCCUGGGGCGGGGAGCUCGGGCCCCGAGCCCCUGGCCUGGGUGGAGAUGCCCGGCGACCAGCGCCGCCCUCCCACAGCUCCCCCUACAGGGUCAGCUUGGCAGGCCCGGAGCUGUCCCUGGUGCAGGCCCCCCGGGGGCAGUUGGUGCAGCUCCUCUGCCAAGAUGACACAUCCCUGGAGCCCCACGCCAGGUGGCAGAAAGAUGGGCAGCCCAUCUCCUCCGACAGGCACAAGCCGCAGCCUGAUGGCUCCCUGGUCAUCAGUCCCCUGCGGGCAGAGGAUGCUGGCAUCUACAGCUGUGGCAGCAGCCGGCCAGGCCGUGACUCUCAGAAGAUCCAGCUUCGUGUCACAGGGGCUGAUGUGGCCGUGCUAUCUGCGGCUGAGCCAAGGCACUUCCCUCAGACCAGGGACCCAGCCCAGGGCCACAGUCCUCGGGACUCCAGCCUAGUGGGGGACAGAGGAGGCCUAGGGGCCAUCUCCUCCUUGCAGCCUCGGCCCACGAGCAGGCUGCUUCUGGACAGGAACCAGCCUGGGGUGGUGGACGCCCAACCAGGCCAGCGGAUCCGGUUAACCUGCCGUGCUGAGGGCUUCCCGCCCCCAGCCAUUGAGUGGCAGAGAGACGGGCAGCCCCUCUCCUCCCCCAGACACCAGCUGCAGCCCGAUGGCUCUCUGGUCAUCAGCCAUGUGGUUGCACAAGAUGGUGGCUUCUAUGCCUGUGUUGCUUUCAACGGGCAGGACCGAGACCAGAGAUGGGUCCAGCUCAGAGUUCUGGGGGAGCUGACCAUCACAGAGCUGCCCUCUACUAUGAUGGUGCCAGAAGGGGACACGGCCAGGCUGCUGUGUGUGGUGACAGGAGAAAGUGUAAACAUCAGAUGGUCCAGGAACGGGCUGCCGGUGCGGGCCGACGGGCAUCGCAUCCACCAGUCCCCAGAUGGCACGCUGCUGAUCCACAACCUGCAGGCCAGAGAUGAGGGCUCCUACACGUGCAGUGCCUACCGUGGAAGCCAGGCAGUGAGCCGCAGCACCGAGGUGAAGCUGGUCCCCCCGGCACUGCCCGCCCAGCCCAGGGCCCUCAGCAGGGAGUGUGCAGAUCAGCCUGAGCUGGCCAACUGUGCUCUGAUCCUGCAGGCCCGGCUCUGUGGCAAUGAGUAUUACUCCAGCUUCUGCUGUGCUAGCUGUUCCCGCGUCCAGCCUCACGCUCAGCCUGUCUGGCGGCAGGGAUGAAGGCUAGCCGCAGCCCCAGUCCUGAAACAACUCCCGGUCCAUGGCCUCUGGCUGCCAACGGGCUCUACCCUUCAGAGAAUGGGACUCUCAGCCCGCCGCGCCUCAGCAGCCGCCGGCACCACAGGUCGCUGGCACGAGGAGUCGGCUUGGAUAAGCACACCCUUUACAGCUUCCCUCUAUCAUUUGUU